GAGGACACAAACGUGACGAGGCAGCCGAAGAGCUGUUACGCAACCAUUGACCUACUAACACAUAUUUCUAGAAAGGCUGCUGCAACAAAGUGGAGCAAAGUGUCCGCUAGCGCACAACACGGGGCGGCUCGAGCACGGAGAUAGAUAGCGGACCCGAACGCACUCGGACACCACAGAAGGAACAAGUUCAUUAUUAUUAUUUUUCCUGGAUAGGUUUUGUCUACUGAAAAGAAGGAAACGGGAGCGAGACAGCUUUUGUGUCGGGGAAGCCUGAAGGUUGUGUUCCCCUCCUCCACCAUUCAAAGCGGCAUUGAAGCUGGAUCCUCAGCGAGCCCCAAAGUAGACAGCCUGACCUACAUCUUCUGUGAUGAGAAGUGCUACAGCCUGACGGGCUCCACGAAUGUGCAAAACAUUUGGGAAGACACUAGUAAACUCCAGUUCCCUUACUGAGAGACUCCAGAGACUUGCAGUGUGCCAAGAAAACCAAACCUCUUGAAAAAUCCAAGCUCAAUUCUUUUUUUCUUCUUUUUUCUCGUGAAAAACAAGUUCAAUGUCUAAGGUGUUCAUGGAGUUCCACCUGUUUUUAAUCUUCUUGGCUAAUUUGGACACUUGAGCAUUCUGAUCGAGGAAACGAGUGGCAAGAGAAAUCAAUGAGGCUCUCUCUUCGAUUUGCACAAAUACCUCAUUCGGAAGUCUUUGCUGAUCCCGCAACAUAGUGAGAAUAGCUAACAAAGCCUUUGUGUGAUACCUGCGCAUCUUCGCUACACACUUGCUGGAGUUCAACUCCGGCCCCCGCUUGGAAAAAUGGAAAACCUGAGUCUACACAUCUCAUCCACCAGCAACAAAAAUGCCAUGGAGGUUGACAGUUUUACGAGUUAUAGUGACCUCCCAUCCCCUCUUCCGGAGGGCGGGGCACGGGCCAGCCGCCAGGCUAAGGGUUCCAAGCCUACUGUGGCAUCCCGGCGCAAGCGGGAAUUCAUCUCUGAUGAGAAAAAGGACGAUUCAUAUUGGGAAAAACGGAGGAAGAACAACGAAGCAGCAAAGCGCUCAAGGGAGAAACGUCGCCUGAACGACAUGGUUCUAGAGAACCGGGUCAUGGCCCUGAAUGAAGAGAAUGUUCGUCUAAAAACAGAACUGCUUCAGCUCAAGUUGCGCUUUGGACUCAUCAGCACAGCGUCCUACAUGGAGAAGAGCCAGCAGAUCGCUAGCAGCGCAGCUACUGGUAACACAAGUAGCAACGGGAGCAGCACCAGCGGCACCCCCAAUAACGCCUACCUCUCAAGUAGCGGCUACUCCAGUGCAUCCCAGGUGAUGCUGAACUCGGACUCUUCUGAAACCGAACAGCCCAGCCGCGGUGAGCGCCACUCAGCGCUCACCAAGUAUUCUCCUCGGGGAUCUGUGUCAGACCUAUCUGAUGGCUCCUCAAGGGACAGCCCCGAACCUUUGGGCUACAACAUAAAGAAGGAGCCUCACAACAUGGAGUUGGUAAGGCUGGAAAGCACGGGACUUUCUGCCGGCAUGGCCAACGGAUUGCCAAGCCGUGUUUACCAUGGCAUCCAUCCCGCUUUGAUGUCUCCUCACCAGCAGAGUACGCAAUUGGCUGAGUCUGCCAUAGACUACCAGCAGGAGCAGGGCCUCAUGGAGGCCUCCACUUCCACCUCCCAAGCCACUUCGUCACAAAGGAGUGUCAUCCUGUAUCGCUCCAGCAGCGGGUGUUACCCCAUGGAGAGCCACAGGCCAGAUGAGCAGCAGAGCAGGAUGCAGCACGGCCAGCACACCUCCAACUCAAAGUUCUCUGAAUGUUCCAUGACCAUCGCCGAGGUCGCCGAGAAGCUGGAGAGAACAAAGACCAUGGACUGUGAGCAGUAUGAAUACUCUGAGGAGCCGUUGGCACGGAACCAUGGCCAGCAGCAGCACCAGAGUCAUCAGGGGCCUUACAGCUGCCGGUCUCAGGAGAACGGCCUUGAGCAAGCUGAGAGCCGGAACCCCUUUGCUCCCAAUCUGAUUCACAGCACCGAGGAGGGCAUGUCGGCGUUCUCGCGGCACAACGGCUACCUCAACACAAUGGACGAAGAGCCUCCAGUUCUCACCUAUGAGGGAGGCCCUAGAACCGCUGGCUUCUACCAAGAGAAUUCCUCCGCUAAAGACACAUCAUCUAGCGACGGGGACCCCCGAAGCUCCGACAAGGAGGCUUCAACUGAUGAUGAAUCCCCCUCCUCCUCGUCCUCAGACAUCAGCAGCUACCACCAGAAAGCUUCAGCGCCUGUCGGGCCACACGGGGAGAGCCAAUUUGAGGUCAAAGCAACUGCCCUGCCCCACAAGCUGCGCCUCAAGAACCGAGCCAUGUCCACUGGGGCGACGAAAGCGCGGAUGGAGGUCUACAUGGGCGUCUCCAUGUCCCCAUCCCCUACGCUGCCGCAACACCCUUACUUGGCACUGCCUAGCAACUCUCACAGCAGCCAGGUCAGCAGUGAGACCAGAGAGGCAGAGAAUGAGGCUGAGUAGACUGAGGAGAUCAGGCCAAGGCCUGAUGCAAAAUUGGACUCUCAAAAGGCAUCCAGCAGUGGUCCGAAGCGCGUUUAAGAACAGUUGGGAGAUGCUCGAGCUUGCGCAACGAGAACUCCAUUCGUGCUGUCGGCAAAAAUGAGGCCUAGCUAGGAAAUGAUUUCCAUCCACUUUCACUGUCACCUAGGGCUGCUCGAUUAUGAAUAAAAUCAUAAUCACGAUUGUUUUUGAAAUUGGAACAGCAUUUAUUGAAUAUGUUUGGAACAGUAUUUAUUGAACACCUUUAAAAAAAUAAAUUAAAAAAAUACACACGACGGGGUGUGGUGUUUGAGUUGCGCAUGCGCGUCUCAGAACGGAAACACCAAUUUUUCAUUUCUCCUGGAUUAUAUUUUGAGAUUGGAGCCAAAAUCGUAAUCAUGAUUAAAUGUCAAUUGAGCAGCCUUACUGUUUCCCUUUAUUAUCUCCUACCUCCCACGUGUCCCUCCGAUUUAAAGAACACAUCAGUCACUGAGGGAGGUGACAGAAUGAGAAAGUUUUAGUCUGGGGUAGUUCUGGCCAGCGUACACAUCUAUUGUGGCAUUAUAAGAACAUUUCUUUGACCAAAGAAUUUUUUUUGUCAUCUUUUAUUGGUACAGUAACAAUCCUUUUUCAAUAAGAGUCAGUCCUUUGCCUGUACACACACACACACAUACACACACACACACAUCCUUUUUACUUCAAGCACUUAGAUUGUAAAAUUUGUGACAUACAUUUGCAUACUUGAGGUAUAUAUUUUAAAAAGAAAAUGCGGCAAAAAAAAAAAAAAUUGGAUGCAUAUGUCUUGUACUUUAAUGUGCUUAACUGUUCAGACAAUUUACAGAGUAAAUGCCUCAAAGAUCUAAAGCAGUUAAAAAAAAAAAAAAAAGACAUCCACACUCAAUGAACGAAUCAACUUUGGUUCCUGUUUUGGCCGAUUUGAU